AAGGUCAGUUACUAACAAUCACAUUCAGAGAAAUAGGGAUGUCUCGCAUUGAACGAGAUUAAAAUAAGAUCACGUGUAACUGUAUCCUAAAGAUCUUUAUGUCUUUGUAAGAUGUGCCUUGUCGAUAAUAUGAUCAAACACUCAUGCUCAAAAGUUUCUCCUAUUCACGGUAAUUACGAGCUAAAAAUAUACCCCAAAGCUGAAGGCUCAAUAUUAUGCGCUAAUAUUAGAUCUUCUUUUUUUAUAUACAAACGAUAUUGAAUAAAUAUUUAUAUACAAGCGAGCUGGAGCCCGCCGUAUUGGAGCGAGCUCCAACAGAAAACGAGUUGGCUACUCACCGCCCAAAAUCAACACCCCAAUCGUGAUUCCCAAACUUCCCGCUGAUAGCAAAAUCAAAACACCAUUAACAAAAAAAGAAAUUAACCCUAAAAAUAAAAAUAAGAGAAAAACAGGAACAAAAAUACUACAACAAAAAGAACGUGCAUUCCCUCUCGAUUCUCGAACAAAAAUAUACCCAAAUGUCGAUUCCGGCGGAACCUGCAAAUGAGGGGAUUGAAGCAGCUCCCCAGUCGACAGCUCCCACACCAAUCUCCACGAACAUAGCUCCAAAUGUGAAGUCAGUUAAAGUAAGCAACAUCGCGCAAGCCAUUUCUGACAAGGAUAUCAAGGAAUUCUUAUCAUUUUCCGGAGAUAUUCAACAUGUUGAAAUGCAACGGGAAACUGAAAAUACACAGCUUGCCUACGUUACCUUCAAGGAAGCACUAGGAGCAGAUACAGCUGUUCUUUUGUCGGGAGCCACCAUAGCUGAUCUUGCUGUCACCAUUACAACCGCCAAGGAUUACAAGCUGCCUCCUGAAGCUAUUCCGCUCCCAUCAAGCCCGGAGAAAAAGCCAGCUGCUGCUAAUUCUGCUGUAAAGAAGGCAGAAGAUGUGGCCAGCGCUAUGCUUGCCAAGGGAUACAUCUUAGGAAAGGAUGCGAUCAACAGGGCAAAAGAGUUUGACGAGAGGCAUAAGUUGACGUCAAAUGUCUCUGCCACAGUUGUUUCAAUUAACGAAAGGAUGGGGCUGAUGGAGAAGCUAGGUGCUGGAAGAGCUGCUGUCAGCGAAAAGGUGAGGGAGAUGGAUCAAAAGUUCAUGGUAUCCGAAAAGACAAAGUCUGCCUUUGCUGUUGCCGAGCAGAAGGCAAGCAGUGCGGGAUCUUCUAUCAUGAGCAACCCUUAUGUAUUGACCGGGGCCUCAUGGGUUUCUAACGCACUCAGCGCAGUUGCAAAGGUGGCUGAGGAUGUGGGCAUGAUGACCAAGGAGAAAGUGGAGAGGACCGAGGAGGAAAAAAUGGAGAUCAUGCACAGGCAGAGGACAGAGGUCAUCACUGACUUUGCACAAACCCAUCUCGAUGAAUCUUCUGCCCCGGAGCCUCCAGUUGCUCCAGUCAGUUCUCCUGAUGAUACAAAGCCCGUUGUUAAAUGACCGAUGUGCACAAAUGAAUCAUUUUUCGGUUUCUAUGUAUCAUAUGGUUUCAUACAAGGAUUCUAUACUGCAUAGUCGUAAAUAUGAUAAUUCUUCAAAAUUCCGCCUUUUAAUACGAAUUCAGGAAAUGGAAGA